ACUUGUCCUCGGGCCUAGUGUCGCUCAACAGAACCCUCGGACAACUAUGUCUUAUCUUAAUGGAGCGGCUCAAAUGUACGAAAACGGGGUGCUUGCAUUCGUCGACGUGAACUUUCUAGCCGAUAUUCAUAUUCGAGCUCUGGAGGAUCAGUCCACAUGCGGGAGGUACUUCUGCUUUAAUAGAAUUGUGAAUACUGAGGAUGAAGCUGUUAAGCUUGCCGAGAGCUUAAGCCCUUUGAUUUCAAUGCCACCAAGGUAUGAAUACCAUGGGAGUGAGGUGCAUACCGAGCGAUUGAGGACCAAAAAGUUGAGCAAGUUGGUUGAGGGCGCUGCCUAUUAGUACAAGAUGACAGAUUCUUUCAUAAGUUUGUAAUUUUCUUAUUAAGAUCAACAAUUGUGCCAGAAUGUUAUGAUGUGUAGAGUAUUUGAAAAUAAAUUAAGGUUUUUUAUUAUUUAUAAUAAGACCCAACAUAAGUUUGUUUUA